UGGUUAGGAGCGUAGCUAUAUCGAUAGAAAGGCGCCGCGCGUGCUCCUCCUCCUCCUCCUCCGAUUCCAAUCCAAUCCAAUCCGAUUCAGAAGUAGAGCGAGCGGCGGCUGCGGCGAUGGCGGUGGCGGCGGUGCGGGCGGCGGCGGCGGACGCGGCGGUGACGUUCCUGUGGGUGCUGUGCGUGUCGACGCUGGGGGCGUCGACGGCGGCGGUGACGUCGUACCUCCGCAUCCACGAGGGGAUCCACUACGCGCUCCUCGUCACCGUCUCCCUCCUCUCCGUGCUCCUCUUCGCCUUCAACCUCCUCUGCGACGCCCUCGGCGGCGCCAGCUUCAACCCCACCGCCCUCGCCGCCUUCCACGCCGCCGGCCUCUCCUCCCCCCGCCACUCCUCCCUCUUCCCCCUCGCCCUCCGCUUCCCCGCCCAGGCCGCGGGUGCGGUGGGUGGGGCGAUGGCGAUCUCGGAGCUGAUGCCGGAGCAGUACAAGCACAUGCUCGGGGGGCCAUCGCUCAAGGUGGAUCUCCACACGGGUGCCGCCGCCGAGCUGGUGCUCACCUUCGUCAUCACCUUGGCCGUGCUCUGGAUCAUCGUCAAGGGGCCCCGUAAUCCCAUCGUCAAGACCUGGAUGCUCUCCAUCUCCACCGUUUGCCUCGUCCUCACCGGCGCUGCCUACACUGGCCCAUCCAUGAACCCUGCCAAUGCGUUUGGCUGGGCAUAUGUGAACAAUCGCCACAACACAUGGGAGCAAUUCUACGUCUACUGGAUAUGCCCUUUUGUUGGCGCUGUUCUUGCUGCCUGGGUCUUCAGGGCCGUGUUCCCACCACCGGCACCUAAACCUAAGGCCAAGAAAGCAUGAGGAAAUCAAGCACAAACUUCAACUCAGGAGUUGGUACAGAUGUUGGGUUUGAAGAACCCAACAUUAUUUAUUAGCUAGAAUGGUACAAGGAAUAAUCCUUUCCACCAUAUUUAAUUCAAAGUAAUUUAGGUAAUUAGCUUCGGAACACUGACAAACCCAAGAGCAUGCACAUUAAUUUGAUUGGACGACCUGAAUGUAAUUUCAAUCAUUCAUUGGUCUUGUUUGCUCUUGAACUGGUGGAUGGUAUGAAUGGAUAUUAUAAAUUUAUCAGUAAUUAGUUUGUGUGUUCUUGUAUUCUCUACA